CCACAACCAAUCAAAUACUCAUUAAAAAAAAAAUUAAAUCACAAUGUCAUCAGAUCCUGAUAUCGAUGCCGAUGUGAAGCCUACCAUUUUCCGAGAGUACAUUGGCAUGGAAGAUAAUAUAGAUGAUUUUCCUGCAAACAUGAUCAACGACAACAUCAAAGAAUUCCACUUCAUUCUGGGCUUUGCAACCGAGUUGUAUGUUGAUGGAAAAGGCACAGGAGAAUUUAACCGCACUUGGAGCAUUGAGAACUUUAGCCCAGAAAAUGUGGCUAAACUCAAGAAACUGCAUAGGCAAGUGAAAGUGGUAAUAAGCAUAGGAGGCAUUGGCCAUGAAUAUCAAUUCAACCCUCAGAAUAAUGAAGACUGGAUUACGAAUGCCGUAUCAUCAAUCAAAGAGAUCAUCCUAGACUACGAGAACGAAGUCAUUAUCGAUGAAAACAUAAUUGACGGUAUUGAUAUUAACUAUGAAAACAUCACUUCCAGUGUCGACGACUUUUCAAACUGCAUAGGGCAGGUCAUACAAAAACUCAAGGAAGAUCCGGAUGUUUCCAAAUCCAUGAAAAUAGUGUCCAUUGCUCCAACAGAGUUACUCCAACCCCACUACCUCAAACUGUAUCUAGUCAGCAAAGACAAUAUUGACUGGAUUGACUACAAGUUCUACAAUCAGUAUUUUUCCUCAAGGGAUGAAUUUGUAAGUCUUUUUAAGAAACUAGUUACUGAUUAUGAUACGGAGUUUAAACUCUUGGCAGGAGUCAGCACCUAUACAGGUAUUCCAUCUGAAUCACAAGGUUUAAUUGUUGACGGAUGUAAAUACCUCCUUAGCCGUGCAUCACUAGCUGGAGUUUUUGUUUUGGAUGCUAAUGCCUCUGCCCCCGCAUAUUCACUUGAGAGACAGCUUCAAGAACUCCUUACUAAAGAGUGAUUACUUACUAGGUUCUUACCUAGCUAGUAAUUGGAUUUCA